UCCCGUUUGCGUUUUCAAAACCCUAGUUCACAAAUGGAAAAACCUGGCGGCAACUCCUUAUAUAUUUGUCUUCAAACCCGCUCUCAUCUGCCUCUUAAAUUUUCAAGUCUCUCCAUCAGAAACCCUUGUCCGUCCGAAUACCCAAAACCCUAGAUUAUAUGGCUGAUUCAAUGGAGUUUUGGGGUGUUGAAGUCAAGGCCGGACAGCCUCUGAAAGUAACACCUACAGAGGGGGUUAUGAUACAUGUUUCUCAGGCAGCUCUUGGUGAGUCGAAGAAAGAUAAAGGAAAGGAAUAUGUGCCUUUGUUUGUUAAGUGUGGUGAUAAGAAGCUUGUUAUUGGAACUCUUUCUUCUGAGAAGUUCCCUCAAGUAUCAUUUGAUUUAGUUUUUGAGAAAGAGUUUGAACUUUCUCACAACUGGAAAGGUGGAAGCGUCUACUUCUGUGGUUACCAAGUUCCUAUACCUGAUGAGGGUGAUGACUAUCCUGAUUCGGACUUUUCUGACGAAGAGGAAGAGAUUCCGCUGGCCAAAACUGAGAAUGGAAAAUCUGUGGCAAAGGGUGAUAUGGCAGCAGCUAAGUCCCAAGCAGCCAAGCCUGAAUCUUCUACAAAACAGGUUAAAGUUAUAGAGCCAAGUAAACCUGAGGAAGGUGAUUCUGAUGAAGAUUCUGAAGAUGAUUCUGAUGAAGAUGAUGAAAGCGAGAGCGAUCUUAUGAUGUCUGAGGACGAUAAUGAUUCUGAUUCUGAUGAAGAAGAAACACCUAAGAAGGUUGAGGUAGUUAAGAAGAGGGCUAAUGAUUCUGCUUUAAAAACUCCAACAUCUAAGAAGGCAAAGUUUUCUACCCCUCAGAAGACAGAUGGUAAGAAGGGAGGAGGGCACACUGCAACUCCUCACCCUUCAAAGAAAGCUGACAAAACACCUGCAAAUGGAGCCAACCCUAAGGCAAAGACACCAAAAUCAGGUGGUCAAUUCUCAUGCGACUCCUGUGACAGGUCAUUUGGACAGGAAAUGGGUCUGCAGUCUCACAAAAAAGCCAAGCAUGGAGCCAACUAGAAUUGGAGGUUAUUAAUCAUUUCUUUUCCCGUGAUUAAAUUUUGAUGAGUCAGUGAGGCUUGUUUUUUGGUUUGGUAGGGGAGUGUGUAUUAACUAGAAGUGUGGGAGGUUUUGUGGUAUCUAUCGUGGCCCACUUCUGUAUAUGGAUUACAGUGCUGCAAACUUGAUUAGUAUUGUGAUUCAAGUCACUGUCUGUUUCAUGUCAAAAAGAUCGUAAACUCUGUGCUAUGCCCGAUCUUGGUCUCCCUUGUCUUUGUGUUUGAUUGAGGUAUCAUAUGGGGUGUUUGUUUAUAUAAUGUGCUGUAGUGGAAUUCAUAUC